GUUAGUGAAAUGUUUGUUUGACAGGGUGGCAAACGGAAAGCUAUGCAAAAAGAGAAACUACGUUGAAUGUACGUAGCCAAGGACGCUUUAUUUCGCGGGAGGAUCUUUUACUGAUUUCGAUUUAUUGAAAAUGGCAGGUGCAAAACCAUUUGUUGACAGUAAGAUAAAGCAGCGACCUGUUUUAUUGUUUUCUAAGAAGUAUUCCCCGGAAUCUAAAAUGGUAAAGGAGAUCAUGGACGGAUACAAAUUGACAAACAAAACCUACGAAGUAGUGGAAAUUGAAAACCGACAAGAUUGUAACCAAAUCGAGGACUACUUCCAGAUUAUUUGUCUCACAGAUAGGCGAGAGGUACCCCAACUGUUUGUCAGGGGAAAGUAUAUUGGUGGCGAGCAGGAGAUUAGACGACUUCAUGAAUCCGGAAACCUCGGCAAAAUUCUUAUCUCAUUAAAACGGUAGAAUGUUAUUCAUCAUUAUAGAACAAUAACAAUGGAAUAGUCGAUCAAAACUCUUUUGCAAUGCGUUUCCUUUCCUCUGGAAUUAAACACUGAACCAACACUAACGCCAGCCUUGCUAUCAACAAGACAAGGCAAAAUGUAUCACAGAAGUGCCUUCUGCAGAUCUAAUAACAUAAAAUGUUAAUCUGAUUCGUUUACCACAUCAUGCAGCAGAGCAACCACGAGAUGGAGGACCAUGUUAAACACUAAAACUGACUUGGCCUAAUUGAGAAACUUAUUUACUUCCAUGUUUUUUUAUACUCUUAUAUUUCCUAAUUAUUUUGUUUUUACAUUCUGUGAUAUCUGAUUGUGCAUAAUCUAUUGACAAAAAACUGUGAUAAUAAUUUUGAUAUUAUUUUCAUUUAAUUUUUGAUUUUUACAUUACCUUACAUCUGUUUUUAAUGAAAUAUAGAUCAAUAUAUUGAUUAUCUUUGUGUAAUUUUGAUAAUGGCUAUACAGAUGAAUUUAUCAAUAAUGUACUUUCAUUGUAAAUAUUGUGAAAAUACUUGAAUUUACAUCUUGGUCUAAUUCUUCAAAAAAGGGAAUAACAGAAAAUUGAUUAACUGUGUUUUAAACAAUCAAAGCAUUUUAAAGCUAUGUUUUUUCUCUUAAAUGGAUUUUAUUUUAAUUUUGCAAUGGUUUUCUCCUGAGUUAUUUCCCUUUGACCGAAACUAGAAUGGCAAUAUUUUAUCAUCACACAUUGGUGGGCAAAUAUUUUGAAUACGACUUUGACAAAUUUUAACACCAUGGCUUGAAAUAAGGAAAGUUGUUUGUUAAACUAAAUUUCGGUAUUUUACUUGCAUAAUAAUUGAACUUGUUUGUGGACAUUUUAUAAAGCAAUAUUGAAUAAAUAUAUGGAUUACUGUA